AUGGCAGCGCAAUUCGUAGAAUUACUGGCAGAGUGGCUAAUACGCAGGCAAGGACAGGGAAUUGAAGGUUUUUACGAGAGACAAAUAUGGGCAGAUAUGAAAAAGAUCGUGGACCAGUUUCUUGAACAAGUGGAGAAUGAUGCUGAAUUAUAUUCCAUAUCGUGUGAUGAUAUAGGAUGGUGGAAGGAGGGAAACAUAAAUUGGCAUAAUGCUGACGACAAAGUUGUAUGCAAAAUGAUGGUGCCGGCAUUAUUUUUCAUGAAUGGAUGGGGGCUGGGUCCACAUGGGGGAUACGAUGCUUCGGCUGCAGGUGAUAGAUUACAGACAUAUAUACGGUGCAUAAUUGUGAAUGUAUUUAUGUUCCAGUUAAUGAAAGCAAACUGUGGCAGAAAUCAAGGUAUACGACAGGCGUUGCACAUAUUAGACCAGUUUAUGGCCACUGUGCCUAAUGCUGUUAAUCUUAACAUGUGUACCUGGGUGAUUAAUAAUGACCUGAGAGUAGGAGGAAAAGUGAUAGGCGAACAAUUUGAUGAAUGGAUAAUGGGGAAUGCAAAAAUGAAGGCCAAGAUGAAACAGUUACAGGAACGUGUAAAAUGCAAAAGUACGGGGAAACAGACAUCUGACCACUGGAAGCGACGUAUGGAAUUAUUGAAAGAAGGACAAUUGAGGGGAGCAAUGGAGAAAGGAAUGAAGCGUAUAUUAAAGAAAGUAGGGAAGAAAGUAAAGACACUACGGGGGCCAGUUCCUUCCGAAGACGACGAUGAGGACGAUGGCGAUGAUGAGGACCCGGAGGAGGACGACGCGAGUGGUAAUGAAGAAGCUGAAAUCAAUGGAAAAAAGGCACACAGGUUCUUUUCCUCCAACAAAUUUGCUAUCCUUUUUCUUGUUGCUUGCAUCUGCUUAACGCAUCCAGAUGACUUCGAAACACAGGAAGAACAUGUGGCCAAAUUACGCGUACAUAACAGAGUUCCCCGCAGUUUAGCAAAAAUUAAAGCAAUUGCAUCAGAAGAUGAGCUUGAAUUAGAUCCGAUGGCAUUCGAACACUAUGACGGUGCCUACGACGAUGUCGACGAACCGUAUGCACCAACCUAUCAAUCCCCCCCAAAACGAAUAUAUUCUCGCAACCAAUGGACGACACCAAAAAAACGAUGUUAUAGAGACGGAGCAGGAACUAUUCUAAAAGAAUGGAAAAUAGUGGAGUACGAGGUACCACAACAAGUGCAUUAUGAAAGAAAGUGGAAAAUACAACAUGAUGCAAGGGAAGAAGAAGUCCAUAACGGCGACACAUUAUCCGCCGAUGUAGCAGUCUCCGCGUCAGUUGAAAAGUCUAGCACAUCCCUUUCGAAGGUUGGUGCACAAGGGUCAUUGUCGCCAUCCCUACAAAAUAAAGGACAAAAUGAAAAAGAAAGUCGAAAAACGAAACAGGAACUGAAAGGAUCUUCGGGUUCAGGAACGACUGGAAGCACCGGAAUCAGCGAAAGCACAAAGCAUGGCAAGCAGAAUGAAGCAGUUAGCAUAAAAAGCGGAAGAGGCUGUAGUAGACGGAAAUUGGCUACAUAUAUUACAUAUAGCUGGAAUGGGUAUAAUCAGUAUGUCCUCACUUCUGACAUUCCGGUGCUGCUACCGAAAGCGAAGGCAAAAGUGCCGAAGAAAAUUUUGAAAGACCAAAAUUUCAUCCGAAGGAAUAUCACAAACCGGAGGUACUGCCGAAAAAUCAGAGGUACCGAAGCAACCAGAUGUACAUAA